AUGGAUCUCAAUGAUCGAAAACUGAUUAUUCUGGCAUUAGUCAGUACAUUUGUACAAGUAUUAGUAUUCUACAUACUUUUUAUAUUAAGUAAAACUAACGAAUUACUGAAGUGGUUAUGUAAUGGCGAAUGGAUAAAGUUGGGAUUAUGCCUCUCUGGAACAUUUAUUAUGGUCAUUUGGAUUAUCCUACGUACAUUUGGUAGGAUUAAAUCGGCAGUAGAAAUUUUCCUUGCAGUUAUACAUUGCAUUACUAUGGCCUUAGCAAUCACUGCAAUAUGCUCAAGUUUUAGCGAUCUGUGUUGUUGGAUUGCAUUGCCAGUUAGCUUUGUCUUAGCAUUGGUUGCUAUUUAUAUUGGUGUUCGGUUGAAAGUGUCUAUAGUGGGAAAUAUAAUGCCUUUAUUGUAUGUAAUAGCAGCAGCGUCAAUGGCAGCUAUAUUAUCGAGUAUAUACAUAGUAGAAAGGAUACACCCUGAAGUUUUUAGUAAAGUUUUGUCUACAAGUCUUAUUAUUUUCAUGCUAUAUAUGAUAUGCUAUAUUUCACAAUUUAUAUUCGGUAAUGGGGAAAAGAAAAUGUCAUCAAAUGACCUGAUCAUGACAUCAAGUAUUUUAGCUUUAUUUAUCAAUGGAUUAUGUUUUGCUGUCUUAUUAAUGUGUCUUAAAGUCACUAAAAAGAAAUGA